AUGCGCACCCUCAACAACAUCAACUCCUCCUUCGACUCCUCCUCGCGAACCUCCACCACCGGCCUCGCCGCUCGCCGCUCAGCCAAGCCCGUCCCUAUAGCUACCUCGGCAUCCGCGAACAAGCUCGUCGCCUCGUCCAAGCCGCUGCCUCGGACUCCUACGACGAACAAGCUGCCAGCUCAGGCUCGCCCUCGAUUUCAGUCCUCCGCCUCUUCCACCACCUCGGUCGCCCGCUCUUCCACAGCAACCACCAUUAGCUACCACGGCCCGAAGCAACAUGUCCUCGCCCUAACCGCCACAAAAACUUCGACUCGCUCUACCCCGUCGAGUUCCGUUACGCCCAAGAUGCCCCCUGGUGGUGACUCGAGGCCCCGGCCCCCGCAGCUGAGUGCAGCUGCUGCGAAGAAUGUCGGCCGCACGCCCCUGACGCCCAAAAUUGCUUCCAGUGCAAAGGGUCCCUCGAUUGCUGCACCUCUGGCCCGGAGAUCGACCCAGGGCUUGCCCUCCGGGCUCCCUUAUCGAGACGACACCGCCUCGCCCUCGGUCUACCUAACAAGCAGCGUAACACCCCGGUCCGGCAGUCGUUCAAGCCGUGCCGCCGAGAGCAACCAUACCACUCCGAACGGCACCCCGAACCCGGAUCGAGAUGGAUGGGAUCCUCGAGCUUCCUUGACAUCGUCGUCAGGAAGACCAUCACUGACUCGAUCUGAUUCUCCCGCUGACCCCGACUCGAAAUUUUUCCGUGCCAGUGAUGUCCAAGGAACUUCACAGUCGUCUGGUCGACCCUCGACCGGCACACACAGGCACUCGUCCACCUUCUUAUACGCCAGUGGCAGCAACGCCGAGUCCAAGAGGACCAUGAGCCCUCCCGCCACAUCGCCAUUUACACCAAUUCUUAGCAGCACACCCGAACCCACGCCCUCCAAGUUCUUUUAUGCCAAUGGUGCACCUGACCUCAAGCCCAGUGGUCAGAACUCGGGACCUUCGUCGACAAACUCAUCUACUUCUAGACUUCAAUCUGGACGACCGAGCACAGGCAACUCGGCAUCUGGACACUCGAACCACACAUACUCCCUGCCUCCGAGGCCGCACUCACCUAUCAAAAUUGCCCAGCCAAACCCCUCGAUCCUUAAAAAUACCGGCACACCUGGUCUCAACAGCAGGCCCCAAUUAGCCUCGGCAACCAACAUAACAUCACCAACAUCGCUAGCUCCCGCUGCAACCGUUAAUCCCAAGAGAAGAGUCAGCAUUGAAUCCGCACCCAGGAAACUCCGCGGCCAUGCAAGGACAGGGAGCGUCCCCAACUUUGACCCCUCUCACUCGCCUAGGAUGCCCAUGUCCCCGCCUCGGCUGCACUCAGAGCCCGCAUCGCCUCCGAGGAGCCCUGGCUCAAGUCAGCCAGCCCUGACCAUGGCAUCAAUUCUCCAAGUGGCCGAGGAACUCGCCGAUGAAGAGGAGGCGCAGGAUGAUGAAGGAUCACAGCCCGAAGUUCAGAGCCCAACUAAAUCGACCAAUUCUUCUGAUCCCGUGAACGAGCUAGUGGCCAACGCACGGAGAGAACGCAAAGUUCAAGACUUGGAGAUCACCAAUGCCUCACUUGAAGCCAUCAACCGAACCCUGGAGAGGCAGCUCCGAAAGCAAACCGCCGAGAUUCGCAGGUACAAGCGAUUGUCGAGAGCUGGUCAUCUUUCUGCCGCUCCUUCAGCGACCUCUAGCCGAGUCCCGUCUGAAGUUUUGGCGGAACCCCCUGUCAGCCUUGCCCUUACUGAUCUCAGCGAAGAGGACUCAGCACCCCCUUCGGAAGACGAGGAGCACGAUUCACUGGACGACUCUGAUAUUUCAAUGACUGAUUCAUUAUCAGCCUCGGACGCUCUGGACCCUAAUGAUGAGAAGACUCUGGAAAAGGCGGCUGCCCGUCGACGACGGGAUGAGCGUCGUCUACAGCUUGAUCUGUCGAAGCAUCGCGAACUACUCGUCGACAGCCAAAAGAUCAACCAAAGUAUCAAGCGAUGUCUUAACUGGACUGAGAUUCUCAUCAAAGAGGGCCAGAAGGCGCUGGAUUACAAGGUCCGCAUCUGUGAUGUUGACUUUGGUGGACAUGUGCUUCCUCCCCCCAACGAAGACGGGGACGAGGACGAGGAUGACGACAUCCUGACCCAGGGUGAUGAUCUGGACCUGGACACUGAAGAUACUGGGCUUGAGCCACCGCUGCCCUGGGAGAAGAGCUCCCAGGAUCGUGAUAGUGGCAUCGAGUUGCAAGCGGAAGGCAACUAA